GCGGCGCUGCCAAGCCAUUGUCCGCCAAGAGCAUCAUGGACUCCCUGCGCGAGAACGCCGUAACGGGGGCGCCCGCGGUGCCCGCGGCGCCGGCUGCAGCCAAACCCAGGGCGGCACCGAAACGCAAGGCCGCGGCAGAGGCAGCGUCUCCGGCGGGGGCCGAGUCGACUCGCGGCCCUCCGGCGAAGAAGAGGCGUGGCGCUACGGUGCCCUCGGCCCCUGAGGGAACCACGGCCGCUUCGCCGCCCGACGCUGCGCCCGCCUCAGACGCCACGACAGGCGCAGAGGCAGGGACAGCAUCGCAACCUCCUGUGGCGGGUGUCGCGGACACCGUUGAGCGCAUGGGUGCUGAGAUGGAUGGGCUCUGCGCGGAGUUGCAGGAGAUAGCCCUUUCCCCGCCAGUGACCUCCCAGACGGCCUCGAUUGGUCCUGAGCCGCCAUUCAAGGCCCCUCGGGUCGGCCUCGCAGCCACCGCUUCUGCUGGCAAGCAGGACGCGUCGACGCCAGCCGCAGAGGAGGCGAUCAACGCUGGUUGCGCCUCCUUGACGACGGGUGCUGCGGCAGUGCUUGUGAAUGACGAUGAUGCCGAGCCGCAGCCUGGCGUCAUCCCUGAUUGGAUCUCCGUGAAGUCGGGGUCAGAGCCCGACGAGAAGAGCAUCGCCACCGACGUUCCAGCUGCUAACGUGCCUGCGGCCGACGCGGCGACCGACCCCGCCGAUGCCGACGCGGACCUUGCGCUGGAGGGCUCGCUGGCCGACCUACUCGACGCGGGUGGGGUGGCCGACUCCUCGCCGCCUCGCGUGAGCUCGCCACCGCCGACGCCUGCCAGCCUCACAGUUGUGCCGACGCCCCCCGCGCCAGCUCGAGUGCAUGCCGAUGCAAUGGCCGAGGCCAGGGCACGCGUCGCCCCCCCGCGCGAACUCGAGUUCAUGCGAGCCUCCGACCCCGCCUUCAUGGCGAUGGAGCAUGCCAGCUUUGACGUCGAGCAUUUUGGCCGUGCCGCCGCCCGUGACCUUGCGGCGGGCAACUGCCUGCAGCUUGCGGCAGCCGACGCGUGCGAUGGCGACGUUGCGGGUAUCCCAUCGACGCAAGCGCCCCCGCCCUCACGCCGCCAAGCUGUGCCAGAGGUUGGUGCGAUCGGUGCGCUGGACGCCGCGCCGCAGACCAAGACCUUGGGCCUCAAGCUGCCACGGAUGCUCGCCAAGCCAUCGCCUUUCCCGCCGAGGCUACGUCCCUUGGCGGAAUCGCCCUCGGUCACGGCGAGCCCAGUGUCCACGGCCACGCUUCCGAUGCCAUCGCCCUCUGACCCGCGGCAGCUAUCCCCGCCAGCGAGCGCUAAGCCAGAGUCCGCUGUCCAGGGCAGUGCGCUUGUGCCCGUCGCCGAGCCCCCGCCGUCGGAGGUCGCGCUGGUGCCUGCCGAGGCUCGCAUUGACGUGAAGGCCAUGGGCUCGCUGCUCGGGGGCAUCUUCAAGUCACUCCCAGCUGCCGAGGCUGACAGCAGCGACGAG